AUGUUAUCGUUCUAUCUAUUAUUAAUAUUUUAUCUUAUUCAAUAUUCUUUAACUGAUCAAUGUCCAUCAAUAAAAUCUUGUAUAUGUUCAUCAGAUUUAACAAUAAUAUCAUGUAUAAAUCAUCAAUUAACUGAUGAUUUCUUUCCUAAUCUUGAUAUACAAUUUCCUCAAUCAACUACAAUUUUAAAUCUUUCAUUAAAUUCUUUUACAUCAAUAAAUUCUUUAACUAAUUUAAAUAAUCUUCAAAUACUUGAUCUAUCCUAUAACAAAUUAAAUUCCUUACCAUCAAAUUUAUUUUCAAAAUUUCCACAAUUAUCAUCAUUAUAUCUUCAAAAUAAUUCAUUAACAACAAUACCGAAAACAUUCAAUGAAAUAUCGAAUAUUAAUCUUGAUCUAUCGAAUAAUCCAUUAAAUUGUACAUGUCAAUUAAAAUGGAUCAUUAAAUGGUUUGAAACAAUAAAUCUCCGAAAGAAAAUCAAUUGUCCUGAAAAAGAUUUUUGUUUAAAUAAAAAAAAUUUUCUUACAAUUACACCUGAACAAUCACAAGUCGUCUAUGAAAAUGAUUCAUUUACAUUGAAUUGUUUAUCGAAUACAAAAACUUUUUGGACAUUUAAUCAUCAAUAUUAUUCAUCAAAUUCAACAAUAUUUAUACCAUUUUUACAAUUAAAUCAUUCGGGUUUAUAUACAUGUCAUAGUUUAAAUCAAAAUCGUUCAAUAUCAUUACAUGUUUUAAAUCUUCAAUUAAAUCAUUUUUGUCAAUCAAUACAAAUGGAUACAUCAAAAGGAUAUUUUUAUUGGCCACGAACAUUAACUGGUCAAAAAAUACAAUUAAAAUGUCCAUUUGGUUCAGCAGCAUGGUAUGAUAAUUUUGCUCAAGCAUCUUAUAUAUGUUCAAUCAAUCGACAAUGGAUGGAUUUAGAUUUAUCACAAUGUGCAUUUCGUACAAAUAUAUCAAGAGAAUUUGAUCGUUUAUUAUCGAAAAAUCAAACGAAUAUCUUGGCGAAAUUAGUAACAUAUGUAUCGAAACAAAAUUUACAAGAUAUUCAAUUUGAUGAUAUUAUUUUUUUAAUUGAUUUAAUUGAUGAAGAACAAAAUAAAACUUUAUAUACAAGAAAAAAUAUUGAAGAAAUUUCAAUGUUAAUUUAUCGUUUAACAGAUUUUAUUUUACAAAUUCAACAAGAUUUUAUACAAAUAAAACAAUAUCAAUUAGCAUUAAAUAGAUUAAGAUUUAUAUUAGAAGAAUUAUUAUAUCGAACAAAUCAUUCAUGGGUUUAUGUUGGGAAACAAUUAACAGCGAUGACAUUAGAAUCACCAUUACCACCAACAAUAUGUUUUAUACCAAAUCGACCUUUAUUAACAAUUAUUUGUGGAAUUAUUAAUCGACAUUUUAAACGUCAUGAGUCAAAAUUAGCAACAAUCGAAUUUCCACUACCAGCAAAUACAAGUCAUAAUCAUUCAUCAACAUUUAAGAUAAUAUUCUAUCGACAAGCAACAUUAUUUACAACGAAUAUGAAAAUAAAUAAUAAUCCUGUUAUUUAUUUAAAACCAGUAACGUCGAUUAAGAUUUCUCCUGUAAAAUUAACAUUUUUUGGUGAAUCUAAUCAAGCAUCAAUUGGAAUAUGGAAUACAGAUAAAACAGCUUGGCAAAUGAAAUCAUCUACUUGUAAAAUUGAUCAACAAAAUAUUGAUUUAAUUUCAACUGAUUGUAUUUUAACUGAAAAUACUUCUUUAUCAAUAACAUAUUUAAAUAAUUUCGAUGGCAAUAAAAGUUUAUUUUUAAAUACAAAUUAUUUAGAAUUAGCUAUAUAUGUUUCAUCAAUUAUAGCAUCAAUUUGCUUUUUUAUUUGUAUAUUUUUUUAUAUUUGCUGUCAUAAAGUUUAUUUAAUGCCAAGAAGUUUUUUUCAUUGUUUAAUUAAUUAUUGGCUUAGUUUAGCUAUUUUAUUACCAUUAUUUGCUUUUGGUAUACGACAAAGUCAAUAUUUAUUCUUUUGUCAAUUUAUUGCCAUUACUCUUCAUUAUCUUUGUUUAACAACAAUACUUUGGUUAACAUUAUUAGCAUAUUGCAUUUGGCAAAAAUUAUAUUAUAUAUGGUCAGGUAAAGGUCAUGAAGAUGAUGAUGAAAUGAAUGAUAAUCCAAAGAGAAAAUCUUCCGUAACUAUUGUUGAUUAUGAUGAUGAUGGUUUACCAAUAAUGAAAUUAAAAGCAAAACCAAUUAUACAAUUUUAUUUACUAGCAUAUGGUAUAUCAUUUAUUAUUUGUGGAAUUAACGUCGCUAUAUCACGUGAUCAAUAUAUAACAAAUAAAAUUUGUUUUCUAAAUAAUUUCGAAUCACUUCUUGCUUUAUUUAUUCCAAUUGCAAUCUUUAUCUUCCUUUUACUUAUAUUUGUAUUGGCUGCUCGUAUUAAUCUAAAACGUUUAACUAAAGAAGCAAUACGUUUACGUAAUAUACCAGAUGAAACAGAAAUUGAACCAGAAACAACUAAUGAUAAUGAUAAUGAUGAAAAUAAUUUAUCAUCAAAACCAAAUGAAACAUUACCAAUUAUAAUUCCAUCAAAUAAUCUUAAUAUUGAACAAGGAUUAGCACAUAUGGAUUGUCGUCAAUCACAUUUAGAUAGUUUAUGUUCAUCCGAUAUGGAUCAUCAACAUCAACCAUCAAAUCAAUUAAUAUCGAUAUUAUUUCAAUUAUUUCUACUGAUUUUUAUUUUUCUAUCAUGUAUAGCAAUUUAUAUACAUCCAUUACAAUCCUAUAAUAUACCAUUUGAACAUUCAAUUUAUAAUCAUUUAUAUGGAAUAUUUGUUUUAUUAUUAGCAUUUUAUACAUUGGCAUUUUAUAUCUUAACACGUUCUGAUUUAACAAUGCAUUGUCAAUAUUAUAAUUGUUGUCCAAAUCGAAAGAAAAAAACGUUUAUUAAAUCAAUCAUAUAG